GGUAACAAUUCCUGGACACCAGGGUACAUUGGGGAGCACCCUGGUACAUCCUGACCUGGGACCGUGGCAGGCUUUUGGAAUUGAAUUCGUCUUGACGUUUGUAGUGGUCUUCACAGUGUUUGCUACACUUGACCCCAACAGAAGGUCUCUAGGAAGUGAUGCACUUGCCGUGGGUAUUGGCUACUUGGCCACGUCACUGCCAGGGAUACCAGCCACUGGAGCGUCGUUAAACCCAGCUCGAUCCCUGGGCCCCGCUUUUGUAAUGAACAAAUGGCCGCAUUACUGGGUGUACUGGUUCGGCCCCCUGGCGGGAGCCAUGGUAGCAGGUCUGAUUUAUGAAUAUAUUUUUGACACCAAGAAAGCUGCCAAAACAUUGAAAGAAGCCUUAGACGAAGUCGAAAAAGAAUCCAACCUGGAUGAAGAUGAUUACGAAGAUCCUGAAAGAUGCAAGAUGACAAAAGACGGAGGCUCACAGACGACCGGGAGAUUCAGAGCUCAGUAUUAUGACCACAACUUGAGGCCCGCCCCCAACACUUAUUCCCCUACCCCUUCUACCUAUCCAGCAUCCACAGAAUCCACCUACGGAACGCACAGCGCCCCUACAUCCAGUUAUAGCGGGAUCUAUGGAUCUCGGUUUGGAGGUGGUUUUAGAGCUGUACCAACCUGUAUGGAAUAUGAUCCUGGAACUACUAAAUUCUAGUAUAUACGUUUUUCAAUCACUUCUUUCGCAUAGUUAUGGUAUUCCUGCAAGUUCAAGUCAAGCAAAUGCUUGUGUUUGGCCGGUUGUGCAACUGAUCCAUCAAUUUUUCAAGUGCUCCAAGAACAGAUGUAUCUGAACAGUGCGUUUUAGUUAUGUUUGCAUUUUCUUCAAUAACAGAUGUUCUAUAUAUAUCCAUAUU